UAAUUUUUAAAACGAGGCGGGUCUUCGCUUUGAUGUGAGGCGUCUUGGGGCGUUUUGAUGUUGGGGCCUUUUGACAGCCGUCUGCAAAAAUGACCAGGAAGCAGACAAGCCACCAGAGCCUUGCCUUUUCCCGCAACAGAUUGCUAAUUGGGUAGCUUUCACGCGGAGCUUUGCGGAGAAAUCACUCGAGAGUUUAAAUGGCUGCCAGCCAGCCCCCGCCCGUCUGCAAACCGAGCGGUUGGCCGAAAGGAGAAGGAAGUGAUCCGCUUGGGGAAUUUGGACAUUAGGAUCUGCUUCGGGCUGCCGCGCAGGCUGUGGAAAAUGUUGCGGGCAAAGGCUUGGAUCCUGAAGAAGCAUUUUGAAGGGCCUCCUAAGCAGAGCAACUUUGAAUUAAUAGAGAUAAACCUACCAAAUCUAAAAGAUGGAGAGAUGCUGCUUGAAAGUAUGUUUCUCAGUGUUGACCCCUAUAUGAGACCAUACAGCAAGAGACUCAUGAAAGAAGGGGACAUUAUGAUAGGGUCUCAAGUUGCAAAGAUUUUGGAAAGCAGAAAUCCUUCAUUUCCUGUAGGAACUUUUGUUGUGGCAACUGCGGGCUGGACGACAUAUUUUAUUUCCAAUGGCAAAGAUCUAUCGCCACUGCCUCCAAACUGGCCAGAAAAUCUUCCAAAGUCAUUGGCUCUUGGAACAAUUGGCAUGCCAGGUCUUACUGCCUAUUUUGGCCUACUUGAGAUCUGCAGGCCCAAACCAGGAGAUACUGUCCUAGUUAAUUCAGCAGCUGGUGCUGUGGGCAGCGUGGUUGGGCAGAUUGCUAAAAUUAUGGGUUGUAAAGUGGUUGGCACUGCAGGUUCUGAUAAGAAGUUGGACUACCUUAAGGAACUUGGCUUUGACGAAGUCUUUAACUAUAAGACGGUGAAAUCUCUGGAGCAGGCCCUGAAAGAUGCUUCCCCCGAUGGCUACAACUGCUACUUUGAUAACGUGGGAGGAGAAUUUUCCAGCGUUGUUUUGGAGCAAAUGAAGACAUAUGGGAGAAUUGCGGUGUGUGGUGCUGUGUCCUUAUAUAAUGAUACCCAGCUCAGGAAAGGCCCAUUUGUGCAGUUCCCCAUGGUCAUGAAACAGCUGUACAUGGAAGGUUUUUUAGUCAUACGUUGGAAUGAUAGGAAAAAUGAAGGACUGAAAGCAAUACUGAAAUGGGUUCAAGAGGGAAAAAUUAAAUCGCGUGAGGAUAUCACCAAGGGUUUCCAAAACAUGCCAGCUGCGUUUAUGGGAAUGCUCCAAGGAGACAACUUUGGAAAGGCAAUAGUCGAGGUAUAAAAGGCACUAGGUUUUGCCUGUGAAAAUUCCAUAAAUCUCCAUAUCUCCACUUCCUUAUGGACUUGUCUUCUAACCAAGAAUGAUCCAAGAUUUGGCUAAUCCACUAUGCCACUCUAGCCUGCUUCAAGUGUGCCCAAAACCACAGGAAAUCAGGAUUAUCAUGUGAACUCCGAGGACAAAAGAAACAAAUGCCUCUUAGAAGAUUUAUUAUAUCCUGCUUUCAAUAGGUUGAAAGGAUUCUGUAUGCUUCGUCUUUUCAGACUGCUUCUUUUAUUCAAAUUGAAAAGACGAAGCAUACAGAAUCCUUUCUUAUCCAUCUAUAGUUUUUACAUCCAGAUUAUGAUAAUCAUACAUAUUAUGGAUGGUUGGGUGAACUUGUGUUGAUUGACAAAUAACAUGAUGUGCCAUAAACAAUCAGUUUUAUUUGUCACCGUAUAGCUUUAAUGAGCAAACAAUAGAAACAAGAAUAAAAAUAGAUAAAACACAAAUGCACACUUACAGUUAUCCAUUCUCAAACUUACUAUGGCUGCCCAGCUGAAGCCCCACAGCUAGACAACAAAAUUUUGUGGGUUGCAGAAAAAGACUUUUGGGCAAGCAGAAAAUCAACAAACGAACUGGGAAUUUCUGCUAGAACCGGAAGGAUAAGAUUUUGGCACAGGGUUAUAUAAAAUGUGCAGUACAGGUAGUCCUCAGGUUAUGAACCUAAUUGGGACCGGAAUUUCUCACUAAGCAAAUAUUAAGUGGCAGGGGAAUAUAGCAGCCACUUCAUCUCCACCAUGCUGUGAAAGGCACCAAAAGGGCAGAGAUGAACUAGAGGCAGAAUGUGACCAUAAUCAUGAGGCUACUGCAAUGGUCAUAAGUGCGAGGGCUGUCCGAGCGUCCCCUUCUUCAGUGCCAUCGUAUCAUUGGAUGGUUGCUGAACGAAUGGAUGUUAACACAAGGGUUACCAGUUAUGUGUUAACAAUUCCAACUCUUGAGUGCCACAAGGACAAAGAGAAUGAACUAUGGGGAGAUUGCUGUGCCUCCUCUGAAAUAAUGGAGAAGCAAGAGGGUUACAAUGAGUAAAUCCCCAACAAAAUUGGUCAGGGAGUAAAUAUAGGCAGGCAGGCUUCUUCCAAUUGCUUUUGAUAACUACAAAAGCUGAGCAGUCAUUUCAAAUUGUACUAUCACUCAAUUUCAAGUGACCAGGCAAUCAGAUUUUUUUAACUGGAAACCAAACAAGGUUGUAUGAAGUGUUGGGGAAAUGCCACGAGGAGCUUUUGCUUAAAUGAUUUCUUCCAAGGGGGUGGGAAAGUACCACUGAACAGAACAGCCCGGUGGCUGUCAGAUAAACUUAAGCCAAUAAUGAAAGAUUAAAAGUGCAACUCUUCUUUCCACUCUGGUUCUAGCCUAAAAGUUGCAUUUGAGAGGCAUUUGGAAAUAGUGAAUCUAGAGCUAAGGAGUUUAGAUUGAAUAGAGUCCAGCAGGGUAAAGUCAGAACAUGGAUCAAGAGCAGCGUAAAAAAUAGUUGUAAUCAAACUUUUGUCUGGUGGAACCUAUUACCUUGUGUGGAAUGAUUAUGAUGCAAUAGUUCUUUGGGCCACACUGGCAACAUAACUAGCAUCUUUUGCCAUUGUGUUUCCCCUCCAAUGUUUU